AUGACAUCCCCAGGUUCUUGUUCUCCGGAUCCGUGGAUCAUUGCUUCUGUUGCUAUCCUCUUCACUUUUACUGUCAUCUUCAGUUAUUGCAAGAUACUGAAACGGUGCAAUACAAGAUCAAAUCCAAACCACAGAAGUAACGAGACCAACGCAGAUGAUCCAUCUCUGCAGUUUCAAAGCCAAGGACUAGAUUUCGCAAUCAUCCGGUCUCUACCCAUAACACAGUUUAAGAAGAGAAGUGUAGCAGAAGAUGCAGAAGAGCACCAAAGCAACACAGACUGUCCAGUAUGCUUGGGUGAAUUUGAAGAAGGGGAAUGGCUAAGACAUCUACCCAAAUGCAAUCAUGCAUUCCACAUAUCUUGCAUCGACACUUGGUUUGUGGCUCACUCAAAUUGCCCCUUAUGCAGAUCAGAAGUCUAUGAUUUUAUCCAGGAUUGUCCUAUUCCUAUGCACGCUCUGUUAGAGACACUGAGGGAAAGUGUAAUUCAAGAAAGAGCGUUACACUUCCAAAUGCUGCGCUCUGCGGUCUCACCAUUUGGACGUGAAGCAAGAUUCGGCGACAGCAACGUUUAG